AACUGUUUCAAGAGUCGUGCUGCUGGCUGAGUGUUUACACACACACACACACACACAAAUACAUACACACACUACGAAGAGCGCUGGCCGACACAAACAGUUUUUUAAAUGAUAUUUAGAAGUGUCAUUGCCUGCUUUUUCGACACCUGGCUUUUGUUCGUUUUCGUCUUUCGUUUCGGUCAAAUAAACGAUGGCAGUUUGUUAGAAGCUGCGGUUGAAGAGCAAGUCUGUCAUUUUCUCGGCGGGUCGGAGGAUCUGCGAUGCCCUCUGAUUUCACAACGCUCUUCAGCGCGGAUAUCGACCUCGAUUCGCCCAAGUCCCUCUACUCCAAAGUGAAAGAAAAACUGUGUUUUGGGACAGGAACGGCAGCCACCGUGUCCUGUUUGUGUGGGAAGAAACUGCAGCAAAAUAGGAAUUUUCUCUCUUAAAAUGAGUGGAAACACUUAGAAACAAUCCAGAAUCAGUAUAUGAUCUUCUCCCGAAAGAGCUGCAGCUGCCAUCUUCUAGAGAGCAGAACGCAGCCGCUAUGAGUCAAAAAAGUGGUGGAGAGGCGGGACCUCCUCCGUCAACAGCUCUCGCCGCAGAUGCGUCGUCCGCCUCUUCUGCUAUGAGCACGGGAAGUCCUCGCAGUGCUUUUCCCACCUCUUCCACCUCAGCUUCAGAACGGGUCGCCGGGAAUGACAGCAGCACGCCAGGAGAUGUUAGCAGUCGGAGGAAAGCCGAGGUGCUGGCUGCGGAAAACAAGCUUUCCGGCAGGGUUUGUGGAGAAAAAGGUGGCCAGCAGACCCAGCAGCAACACCAGAUGACACCCUCCAAACGGCCUGUCCUCAACAUCUCGCCUCCACCCGAGGACCUGUUCGAUGACAGCAACAUGUCCUGCCAGGAUGAGCUGCUUCUCGACUCAGAGCAGAGUAACAGCAUCUGGAUGGAAAACUCAGUCUCUAACUUCAGCAUUGUGAGCUCCAGCUCCUACAAUGACAACACUGAAGUGCCCCGCAAGGCCCGCAAGUGUACCCCCCGACAGAAGCCGGGGUCAAAGCCGGUCGCCGCUGAAGAGGCCAGCAUGGAUGUCUUUGAUGCGGACAGUGCCAAAGGUCCACACUUUGUGCUCUCACAACUUGGCCCAGACAGCAAGACCUGUUCCAAAGCAAGCUCUGAUGGACCUCAAGCAUCUGGUCUCAAAGGCGGGAUACUGUCUUGUCAGUAUCCUCAGAAAAGUGAAGGGAAAGAACUGAAGAUUGUGGUGCAGCCUGAGACUCAGCAUAGAGCGCGUUACCUGACCGAAGGCAGUCGUGGGUCUGUGAAAGACCGAACACAGCAGGGUUUCCCUACUAUCAAGCUUGAGGGUGUGAAGGAGUCAGUGGUCCUGCAGAUUUUUGUGGCCAAUGAUGCUGGACGUGUGAAACCCCAUGGGUUCUACCAGGCUUGCAGAGUUACAGGCCGGAACACAACUGCCUGUAAGGAAGUGGACAUUGAAGGCACAACUGUCAUCGAAGUGCCUCUGGAUCUCAGCAGCAACAUGACUCUGGCUGUAGAUUGUGUGGGGAUCCUGAAGCUCAGGAAUGCCGAUGUGGAGGCCCGUAUUGGGGUGGCUGGAUCUAAAAAGAAGAGUACCCGUGCCAGACUGGUGUUUCGAGUCAACAUCCCACGCCCCGAUGGCUCUGUGCUCACGUUACAGACCUCGUCGUCUCCCAUACUGUGCACCCAGCCUGCAGGAGUACCUGAGAUUCUCAAGAAGAGUUUACACAGUUGUUCUGUUAAAGGGGGGAAUGAAGUCUUUAUUAUCGGAAAAAACUUUCUCAAAGGAACCAAGGUCAUAUUUCAGGGGAAUGCUUCAGCAGAUGAUAAGUCCUGGAAGGCAGAGGCUGACAUUGACAUGGAGUUUUUCCAUCAGAAUCACAUUAUUGUCAAAGUUCCUCCAUAUCAGAAUCCAGCUAUCACAUCUCCUGUAUCUGUUGGUAUCUAUGUUGUUACAAAUGCCGGACGAUCCCAUGAUGUUCAACCAUUUACGUACACUCCAGAGCCAGCUGUUGAUUCCUCUGUGAAAAAGGAAGUCUUGCCUCCAGUGACACCUUGUUGUUUUGAACAAAUAAAAGUAAUCGAUACUGCCUUGAUGACGCCGGUUUUGCCUCUUGUUAAACGAGAAGAGGCCACACCAAUGGAGGUCUCUAGUAAUCCCUCGGCCUUCAAGACAUCUGAAGUCAUCAAUUCAGCCCAGCAAGCCUUAGACAUGAGUACUGAGAUCUCCACCAAUAACUGCAAGUUUUCCAGUCCGCUGGCACACCAAACAAGAGAACAGGAUCAAUCUCCGAAUUCUGUCUUUUCUAACAAGGAACCAUUCAGCACCAUCCAGGAACAUAAUCUUGCAUCCAGCGGGUCUUUCCACGUGCCUAAUAAAUCUCUUCUCCAGCAAGGAGUUCAGCCAUUCCUCUUGGAACACAGAGACAGUCUUGGACAGGAGAGAUCAGGCAACAGUGGCGGAUCAGUGGUGGGUCUGUCCCAGAUAGAUGACAACCCGCAGCAACAGCUCUCCCUUCUACCUCCAGAUGAGGUGGCACAACUAGAGCAGGCUGUGCGGCAGCUGCAAGCAAAGGGAUUCUGCAACAUCCAACUCCAGAAUGAGAAUUCAAUGUCAAAGCAAAGACAACAUCAACUUCAACAGCAGCAGCAACAAAUCCAACAACAGCAGCAGCAAAUCCAACAACAACAGCAGCAAAUUCAGCAACAGCAGCAGCACAUCCAGCAACAAGAGCAGCAAAUCCAUCUGCAGCAGCAGCAACACCAGCAACAGCAAACUCUGGAGAACCUACAACAUCAGAUUUUUCAGCCCCAGGUUCAGAUUCAUUGUAGUUCGGAGCAACCGAGCUCUUCCCAGGGAAUCGUCGUGCAGAAUGGAAAUUCCCUCUUCCAGCAAACCCCAUCACAACAGCAGCAGCAGCAGCAGCAGCAAGCAACCUUGUUUCAACAAGCAACUAGCUUUCUUCAGCAGCAACCCAGUCAUUCCUCACCUUCCCUGUUUCACAAUCCGACGGCCAUGACUGAAGCCCAAAGCCCACAGGAGGCUCUUUUCCACACACAGAAGACCUCACCCAACCAGGAUCAGGUCCAGGCUUCCCUUUUCCAAAGCAAUCUCAAUGUUCUCAGUGGGUCCAACAUGUCUGUAGAAGCUCAGUCCUCUGCAACCAGUAUGUUUCUUUCCCAGAAUGCUGUACCAGGUCAACUUACCGUUAAUGCCAGUCAGCCACAGCAACUGGCUUUCCUCACUUCUAUGCAGGGGACUCUCGAGGCCCCAUCUGUAUUUCAGACUCCAACCCAACUGUCCCCCAUCCAGCAAGGCACUCCGAUGGAGCAGCAGCAGUCACCACAGCAUGCCCAACCUGGCUCCAUUUUCCAGAGUAUCUCCCAAUCACCAAGCAAACUGUCUCCUGGUCAGCAACAGCAGGCUGGUCUACUUCUUGGGUCCUUAAAUUCUCCAGUAACACAAGAGCAAACUUCAAAUAUGUUAUUCAGUGGACAAGUUCAGAUUGGAUCGAUGAACAACAGCAGCCUAGCUUCUCCAGAACAACAGAACACUUCCCUUCCCUUCUCUCAGGCCGGCAUGGUUACAGUCAGGCAGCAGGAGUCAUCUAAACCCAUGACAUUUCAGGAUCAGACUACUAUGGUGGUCAACCCGUCCUCGAAUAAGCCAAUUUUCCAAGACCAGCAACCAAUGCAGUUGGCACCAAGUUCUGGUACAGGCCCUUCGCAGUCUGUAAACCUCUUCAUGGCCCAGUCCAACAUGCAAGGGGGGAUGGCUUCUCAAGAAACCCUUUUUGCACCACAGAGUGAUGUAACCGGAAUUCAAACCAGCACUUCCUCUCCAGUACAACAGCCUGGUCAACUCUUUCAGACUACAAUGGGUGGAGACCUCAACCAGCCCAACCGGAAUCAGCAGCCCGACCUCUUCCUUUUUGAGAUCCAGAAUGAGUGCCGUCAGCUAAUGAACAGCCCAGGAUCUACACUAUCUGAUCAGAUCAUUGCCAUCAGUCAGUCUGGGCAGAGACAGCAAGAGAGUGAGGGGCAAAUCCAGUCUUUACUUGGCCAGUCUAUGCCAGACCCUGGAAAUGUGCCGAGCACCUUGACAACCUCUCAGAACAUGGAGAAGAUUGACGAUCUUCUGGUGAGCCUUCAGGAGCAAGGCAAUAACAUUUCCCACUCCUACUAGGGUCUUCAAGGAUAAGCUGCCCAAUAUCUCCAUUCCAUAUAUGAUUGUUGAUAUUUCUUGCACACAUAUUGGAUAUUUUGGUAUCCUUUAUUUUGGAUAUUGCAAAAAUAUUGGAUUGGAGAUACUUUGAUCAUACCCCUUAUAGCAAGAGUAGGCCAUUAACUUUUAUUUCAUUCUACACAUUGACACUGAGACAGUAGAGUCGCCUGUUGAAAGAUUUGGCAAAAUCUCUUGAAUAAUCACAACUAAAACCAUGGUAUACACAUUCUGACCUGAAAUUCUUAGGCAAAAUGGCAGAACCCUCUGGAGAACCUCAAGGCAUCCUUAAAGAAGGGCAGUUUUCCAUGGAUCUUACAAAAUGCAACCCAUAUGUUUUAAAGACCGUCAUUGGUUCUGCAGCAACCCCAUCAUAAAUUAAGGCUUCAAGGCAGUUAUUGAAGUUCCUUGAGUACACAAAAGGAUAUUUGAGGCACCUGG